CAAGCUGUAUAUCCAGCAACGAAAAUCAAAGAAAACCUAAUCCCUUUUUAAAUAAAAGUCGCUCGUCGCUCUUCCACGUAUAUACGUCGUCGCUCGAUGACGUAUUCUCAGCUGACAAAAAAAAAGCGUAAUAGAUUUCUCAGAUGCGGCCGCAUUAUCUUCAUUCUUCUAGUAGAGUUUUAAGUAAUCGUCUCAAUCUGCUAAGAGAUAAGACUAUCGCGAAAGAUCAGCACCUUAAAAGCGUAAACAUUCCGCCGAUGUGCAGCACCACGUAUAAAAGGUGAUUCCUUCCUGUGGCGAACAAUCAGUUGGUCAUCCUCCUGUACUUCAGUGUAGAUUCACUUGUGUCCAUCGAGUUGUGGUGACGACCCGACUGGAUAUACAGUUUCAUCGGUGCACCGAUCGAAGAACACGUUUCGAAAAUGGCCUUCAAGUUCAUUUUCGCUGGUCUGCUCGUGGUUCUCUUGAGCUCCUGGGAAAUCGACGCCCACGGCAGAUUGAUGGAACCAGUGAACAGGGGUAGUGCUUGGAGAAAAGGCUUUCAAACUCCUAAGAAUUACGACGACAACGCGAACUUCUGCGGUGGCUUUGGGAUUCAACAUGGAUCUAAGAACAAGGGAAGGUGCGGAACUUGCGGUGACAACUUUGCCGACCCACAACCCAGAGACAACGAAAACGGUGGAAAAUACGGAACUGGAACGAUCGUUCGCAGAUACAGUCCAGGCGAGCACAUCGAGCUGCAGGUCUUAAUAACUGCCAACCACAUGGGCCACUUUGAGUUCUCGCUCUGUCCAUUAAACUCCACUAUGGAGCUUGAAACCGAGGAGUGUUUCGAUGCCCACCGUCUCUACCUCAUCGACGGUUCGCUCGAGUACCCAGUGGCCGGCGGAGUACUGGGCAUGUUCAACAUGACGGUCGCGCUACCGCCAGGUUUGACCUGCGAGCACUGCGUGCUCAGAUGGCACUACCACUGCGGAAACAACUGGGGAAUCUGCCCGGACGGAACCGGCAGAGUUGGAUGCGGAAGACAAGAGAACUUCAGAACUUGCUCCGAUAUUGCCAUUUUGUGAGAAAGCGGAAAUGACUUUCAAGUAACUGUCGAAGUCCUACCCAUUUUUUCAAAACUUUUCCAUUCUACAAAAGAUCAAGACGUACAUCACAUUACUACGUAAUUAUGGAUGCAAUAUUAAAAAAAUUUUAAAAUAAGAAAACCAACAUGAAGAGAUGGAUACAAACGCUUGCAUCCAUCCAAAAUGAACUUCGAAUCAUUUGGGCACACAGAUAUGUUAAAAUCGUUUUCUUGAUGUGUACCACCUAAUACCACGGACUCCAUGCUAAAAAUAAAUAUGUUUACAAGUA